CGAAAAAUUCUCUUGUUCCAGGUAAUCAAGUGUGUGUCAGUGCAGUGUAGUGAGUGAAUGCGUGAGUGCCAUGUGCAAGCGUCGGGCGCACGGCGCGCGAGUCGUCGCCUGGCUCGCACUCGUGGUCCUAGGGACGAAGGCCUUCGACACGGAGGAUUUUCUCAGCGAUCUUGAUAAACCAGUGCCAACAUCGGACGUGCAAGGCGUGCUGGGGAAGAAAGCGUCCCUCCCGUGCGACAUCGCGCCGCUGCAGCAGAACGACGAAGUGGUCAUGGUGCUCUGGUUCAAAGAGAGCGGCGGGGAACCUCUAUACAGCUACGACAUCCGCGGCCGCACCGCCAACCAGCCGAAGCUGUGGUCGUCCCCAUCCGUCUUCGGGAACCGCGCGUACUUCAGGGCGAGCGCGACGCCAGCGGUGCUGAUGGUCGACAACGUCAUAGCGGUCGACGCUGGUCUUUAUCGCUGCAGGGUAGACUUCAAGAAUUCUCCUACCAGGAAUCUGAAAGUCAAUUUUACUGUUAUAAUACCUCCAAAUCGGCCCACGAUAUACGAUUCCAAAAGAAGAGACAGGACGAAGCUAGUGGAGCCCUACAAUGAAGGGUCAAAUGUGCAGCUAACCUGUGAGGUAGAAGGAGGCCGGCCAAGACCUUGGGUGACCUGGUACCUCGAGAACACAGUUAUCGACGACUCCUACGAGCAGCGAGGCGACGGCGUGACCGUCAACACGCUGACGUUCCCCAACGUGGGCCGGCAGCACCUGAACGCGCGGCUGGUCUGCCAGGCUGCCAACACCAACUUGGCGCCGCCGCAGACUAAAGUGCUCAUAUUGGAUAUCAACUUGAAGCCAAUAACAGUGACGAUAAUAACGAAAGAGAAGCAAGUAUCGGCAGACAAGAGGUACGAGAUCGAGUGCAAAACUACAGGCUCGAGGCCGGAGGCCUCCGUGUCGUGGUGGAAAAACAACAGGCAGCUUAAGCGGAUGGCGAAAAACUUCUCAGAAAACAACGAAACGCUAAGCGUCCUCAGUCUAGUACCGGCCGUAGAAGACGACGGGAAGUUCCUUAUGUGCCGGGCGGAAAACAAGCACAUUCCCGACUCGGCCAUCGAAGACAAAUGGAGGCUUAAUGUGCACUACGUUCCGAUAGUGGAUCUGAGGAUGGGCUCCAGUCUUAACCCGGACGAGAUAAAGGAGGGGGACGAUGUGUACUUCGAGUGCUCCGUGCGGGCCAACCCUAAAGUGCAUCGGCUAGUGUGGUUCCAUGAUAACACCGAGAUCCUCCACAACGAAUCUGACGGCAUCAUACUCAGCGCCCAGAGCUUGGUUCUCCAGAGGGUGACCAGGGCAGCUGCUGGUGAUUACACCUGCAUGGCCGCCAACAGCGAAGGCAAAGGCACUAGCAAUCCCGUCUCCUUGUUGGUCAGAUACGCUCCAGUAUGCGCCCAACAACGCGAUGGGGAGCUCUUCGGUGCCCUCAAGCAUGAAACCGUGUCGUUACACUGUUCCGUCGACGCCAACCCGGCGGUCACGUCGUUUCAUUGGACGUUCAACAACUCUGGAGAGCAGACAGAUCUAGCGCCUAAGUUAUUCAAUAGCAACGGCCACAAGUCAACGUUGAACUAUACUCCCACCACCGACAUGGAGUACGGCACGCUGAUGUGUUACGGGAAGAACUCUGUGGGUCAGCAGAAGGUGCCGUGUUCAUUCCAGCUUGUGGCGGCCGGUCGUCCAUUCCACCUGCAAAACUGCACGGUGGCAAACCAGAGCAUCGACUCCUUAUACGUCGAGUGCGUGGAGAACUUCGACGGCGGUCUCCCCCAGACCUUCCUCAUGGAGUUGCUGGAGCUGCCAUCUCUGAUUGUCCGCUACAACGUCUCAACUAACCGAACACCCCCUUUCUUCGAGAUCAAAGGGCUGCCGCCCGGCGUCAGCUACCGUAUCGACUUAUACGCCGUCAACGCAAAGGGUCGUAGCGACGUGUCGACAAUUGAAACUGUCACUCUGAAAGGACAAGCCAAGUAUACCGGUGAAAGCAACACGCUCGGCGUCUCACCAGUGUUGGCUUCGAUAGCGGCCAUGUCUGCGUUGCUGGCCACAGCUGUGUGCGGAGUGCUGGCGGUCUUGUAUAGAAGACACGCCAACAGAAACCGGGGAUUGCCGGCGAAACAUGCGCCGUUGAGCGAGGCAAUGUACAUGGAGCGCGCGGCGCACGCCCCCACUCCCGUAAAAGAGGCGGAAUCCCGCGCGAGCAGCACGGAGCCGCGGGGGGAGACGCGCGGGGCGCGCGGGGCGCUGCUGCACGCGCCCGACCCGAGAGAAGACGACGCUGAUCCUGACAUCAUACCCUGUUUAUAUGAACGGAGGCCAGUCUCCAACGGCUACAUGAGCCUCCAGCGGCCUCCCUCGGCCUCCAAGAUGCCGAAGGUGGAAGAGAUCCGCGCGGACCCCGACGGGGCCUACUACGCGGACCUGAGGAAGAAGGAUUAUAGAAUACCUUUAACUAGUUCGUAUCAUAGUUUAGGAAGAGUGAACAAAGGCGUGAACGCCUGCAGCCCAUCCUCGGCCACGGGCGUGACGUCGUCGCUGACGGCGCACCGACUCCGGCCCGAGGUCGUCACGACGUCGCACCGGGUGCAGGAGAGCUGUAUAUAAGUAGAUUA